ACAUAAUCCGAACGGGCCACUCAACGAUCGAAUUUAAAUACACGAAUCCUAAAAUUUGUGAUCUUCUCCAAUUCUCGCAAGGCUGAAAACCCUAGGAUUUGAAAUUUUUGUUGAUUUCCAGUCAUGGGUAACACAGAGAAACUGUUGAAUCAGAUCAUGGACCUCAAGUUCACGUCAAAAUCGCUACAAAGGCAGGCGCGGAAGUGCGAGAAGGAAGAGAAGGCGGAGAAAUUGAAGGUCAAGAAGGCGAUCGAGAAGGGGAACAUGGAUGGGGCUCGGAUCUACGCUGAGAAUGCCAUCCGAAAGAGGACGGAGCAGAUGAACUACCUCAGGCUUUCGUCUAGGCUUGAUGCUGUCGUUGCUAGGCUCGAUACACAGGCUAAGAUGACCACCAUUAACAAGUCCAUGGCUAACAUUGUUAAAUCGCUCGAGUCUUCUCUCGCUACUGGUAAUUUGCAGAAGAUGUCAGAAACUAUGGAUCAAUUCGAGAAGCAGUUUGUAAACAUGGAGGUCCAGGCUGAGUUCAUGGAGAAUGCAAUGGCUGGAUCCACCUCAUUAUCCACGCCUGAAGGUGAGGUCAACAGCUUGAUGCAGCAAGUAGCUGAUGACUACGGAUUGGAGGUCUCUGUUGGGCUCCCACAGCCUGCUGCGCAUGCAGUGGCAACCAAGUCACAAGAGAAGGUUGAUGAAGAUGAUUUGUCAAGGCGUCUUGCAGAGCUAAAGGCCAGGGGGUAAACUAUGUGAUAGUGGGAUCUGGUCUUAUGCCAGCAUAAGAUAAUGUUAUGUAUCUACUCAUAUGGUGCUCUAGAUUAUGUUUGGUGCUGGAAACUUAUUGUAUAAAUUUGGAAUUGAAAUUAAAGCUAUGUUCUAGACUCCA